CAUGAAGCUGCUACCGGCAUUUUUCUUCAUAAUUUUAUUCAACGCUGCAACUUCUUACCGCAUUCUUGGUCUCUUCAUCCAUCCCGGAAGGAGUCAUUACGUCGUUUACAGUCCUUUGAUGAAAACUCUCGCUCAACGAGGUCACAAUGUCACAGUCGUCAGUUAUUUUCCCGAAAAAACCGCCAUUUCCAACUACCGCGAUCUGCCGUUUGCCGCCAAAAUCGAUCUCACCGAAUCUUUUGACAUUUCCCGUUACACGCCGAUCAACGGAAAUUACCUCGGAUACUUUCGUGAACUUUUCGAACUCGCCGCAUGGGGAAAUAUGGCUUGUGAAGGCGCCUUAAACGAUCCCGUGAUCGAUCUUUUGUUGAAAAUGCACGAAAAAGCGCCUUUUGAUCUCGUCAUUACGGAAUUUUUCGAGACAGAUUGCAUGCUGGGCGUAAUUUGGAAGAUGCAAGUGCCCUUUAUUGGACUCAGUUCGUGCGUUUUGAUGCCUUGGCACCCGGAUCGCAUUGCAACUCCCAGCACGCCGUCACAUAUCGCGAGCGAAUUUGUCGGAUUUACCGAAAAAAUGUCAUUUUACGAGCGAUUUGUCAGUUUUACUGUCUCGAAUUCCGUCAAAUUUCUCUAUCGCUGGCUCGUAGAACGCAAAGACAACGAAUUACUUGCCGCCAAAUUCGGCGAAGGCAUUCCCGAUGUGCACGAAAUUGCGAAAAAUACGAGUUUUAUCUUUGUGAAUCAGCAUUUUUCGUUGCAUCAAGCGAGACCGAUGGCGCCAAAUUUGAUCGAAAUUGGCGGGAUUCACAUUCAAGACGAAAAACCGUUGGAAAAGGAGUUGAAAAGUAUUCUCGAUGCGGCGACAAAUGGAGUAAUUUUGAUGUCAUGGGGCUCGAUGAUCAAUGCAAGUACGAUGGAAACUGGCGUCAGAGACAUUUUUUUGAACGUUUUUCGUGGACUUGAGCAAAAAGUCGUUUGGAAAUAUGAAACGGAGAAAAUUGAAAAUUUACCAAAAAAUGUCGUGCUUCGGAAAUGGAUUCAGCAACGCGAUAUUUUGUGUCAUCCGAAUGUGAAAGUCUUCAUAAGUCAUGGCGGCAUGCUCGGAACAACGGAGGCAAUUUAUUGCGGAGUUCCGGUUAUCACAAUUCCGUUUUAUGGCGAUCAACCGUUGAACGGGGCAGCGAUGGAAUAUCGAGGAAUAGGAGAAAAAAUUUGGUUUGAAGAAAUUGAAACGGAAAAAAUUAGGAAUUCCAUUCUGAAAAUGCUCUCAGACGAAGUUCAACAAAGAGCGAAAUUCAUGUCGGAAAACUUCAAAGAUCGACCAAUGGCAGUUUUGGAUACAGCUGUUUAUUGGACAGAAUAUGCAAUUCGGACAAAAGGAGAGUUAAUUAGAUCGCAUGCGAGACACAUGAGUUGGUUUGUCUAUUAUUCGUUGGAUGUCUUGCUGCCGAUAAUUUUUGUGUUUUUAACAAUAUUUUAUACGAUUUUCAAAAUCCAUGUCAUGAUUUUUAAAAUUGUUGGAAAAAAAUCAGAACCUAAGAAAAAAGAGACAAAAGUUCAGAAGAAAAAACAGAAAAAGAACUGAAAAUUUUAAAUUAAAAAAAAUAGAAAAAAAUUUAGAUUAAUUUUUUUUUAAUUUUGAGAAUUUAUCAAUUUGAAGUGAUAAUUGACA